AUGCUGCUGCUCCUCUGGACUGGAUUGCUAGGAGUUUCCUUUGCUCGGGGAGCUCAGGUUUAUAUGGAGUUCAAUGGAAAUCGGUACUCGUACAACACGGAUGGCGAUCACCUGGACCGGAGUGUCCACCUGCCCAACUAUGAAGCAGCGGCUCCAAGUUCUUCUCCUUUAAACUCCCUGAGUUCCCUGCAGUUUGUGCAGCAGGCUUUUCAAAACAGGCAGCCUAGGAUCUCACACCUGGACACAUCUUCUCUAACUGGCGGUUAUCUUACUGCUUCCAAUCCACCUGCAAAUCAUCAUCCCAUGCCGGGUCGCCAGAACUUUGAUUUUAGCACUCACCAGAUGGCUCAUGCCCAGCACACGGAUGAGGCUGGUAAUGUCCUGGGCAAGUACUCCUACUACGAUGAGGCUGGCUACCACGAGCUCAGCUACAAGGCAGGCGCCGGCAUCGGAUUCGUGGUCAUGGGUGGCAACUUGGCCAAGGCCACCAGCACCGCCGCUGUGGAGCCGCACUCGGAAAUCGCAAUCGGAAACGGAAUCCAAGCAAAUGCCUUGACAAGCUUGCAAGAGUUGCAUAAAUAUCGUGGUUACGCGUAA